AUGGCACUGAGGGCUGCUGAUGGAGUUCGUAUGCGUACGACCAUCAAUCGGCAUACACUGGAUCGUCCCUCCCUCAUAUCAACAGGUCUGUAUCGUCGUCUGUCUACGAGAGACUACAUCAAUCGGUCUCGCCGACAAUUUUUCCCUAAGUCCUUCAAGUUAUGUAUCACUCAAUCAAAAAGACUUGGGAACCUUGACAUCCCGGCAUCACAGCCUGUGAAACCCUUGCGUCCCGCUAUCCAUUGCACGAAGCAAGCAUCCAAGCUGUCGAUACCGAGGAAUUCAAAGUCAUGGACCGUUGUCUUCGUGCUUAUCGUUGUCAAUGACGAUCUUGUUUUCCCGUUACGAUAUGGUGUGGGUUUGAUGGACUACCGCGGGCCUCGGCGCCUGCUACGACCAAACGCCGCGCUUUGGCUUUUCAUGCAGUCUCGCUCAGUCGGAUUCCAGGCCAUAGUGUCCCUUAGUCUCCAAGUACCGAUCCGCGUUGAGUGCUUCAAAUUCACCCUGGCAAUUGAACACUCUGGUCUUGUGUCAAAUGAUGGCUUUCUUUCCCGUUAA